AUGGCGAAAGAGCUGAACUUGUUGCCUGAAUCAACUUUGCAUUGCCAAAAUGGGCUUAAGCAUGACCCAAGUAACGAAGAGCUAAAGAAGCUGUUAAGGCAAAUUGAGUCAAAGAAGAUGGAACAUGAACAGCGUGAGGCUCAAGUUUCCAAGGCUAUAUCAGAGGCUAAGGACCUUGUUUCCGCGAUCAAAAGUAGAGGGCUGAAAAUUGGGAAGGCAAUGUAUCAAGAACUUACAGGAUUAAGAAAGCCUGUAUUAGAUAAGAAUAAUAUUCUUCAUUGGCCAGUUCUUCUGCUGUAUGCAGAGGUUAUGUCCAGUGACUUCAUUGAGGAUUUCUGUGAGACUGAAAUGUUGUCAGCUCAUCUGGAUAUGCAUUCAAACAUGUUUUCAGAAAGCUGCCCACCUUUGUCAUGGGAUCAGGAACACCAUUACACUCGUGAAGCUGUUGAAUUAUACUAUGAAGCAGGUUCAGGAGUUUCUCUGUCAACAACAAAGAUUCUUUGUUGUCUUUUAGAGGGCACUGCUGCUUCUCAUGUGGAAAACAUCGGUGAUGAGCAAAAGGAUGCAAAUGAGAAUUCUACUGAUGGCAGCUCAGCAGGCAAAGGUUCCUCUAAAUGGGUGAAAGUAAAUGAGAAAAGAACACUACAUGAUGUUCUGAAAGAACCUAACUUUGUUAUUCCGGGGAUCCCAGUGUUUUUUGUUGUUUCUAAACGUUCCAGCUUCUACAAAGAGUUCAAAUCUGGGAAAUGGGCUCCUCCACCUUGAGUUGCUGGUUGGUUGUCUCUUGAAGAUAGGCGAUGUCUAUUACGAUACGAGUCAAAGCUAGUGAUACCUGG